GCGCUCACCCAGCCCCUCUCCCCCAGCCGAGGUCCCAGCGCUGCUGCAGCCUGAGCCGAGCCCACCAUGGACACCGGAGUCAUCGAAGGGGGUCUCAAUGUCACGCUCACCAUCCGGCUACUCAUGCACGGAAAGGAGGUGGGAAGCAUCAUUGGGAAGAAAGGGGAGUCAGUGAAGAAGAUGCGUGAGGAGAGCGGAGCUCGCAUCAACAUCUCGGAAGGGAACUGCCCCGAGCGGAUCAUCACCCUCGCGGGACCCACCAACGCCAUCUUCAAAGCUUUUGCGAUGAUCAUUGACAAACUGGAAGAGGACAUCAGCAGCUCCAUGACCAACAGCACAGCUGCCAGCAGGCCCCCGGUCACCCUGCGGCUCGUGGUCCCUGCCAGCCAGUGCGGGUCCCUCAUUGGCAAGGGAGGCUGCAAGAUCAAGGAGAUCCGAGAGAGCACGGGGGCACAGGUCCAGGUGGCAGGGGACAUGCUGCCCAACUCGACUGAGCGAGCCAUCACCAUUGCUGGGAUCCCACAGUCCAUCAUCGAGUGCGUCAAACAGAUCUGCGUCGUCAUGCUUGAGUCUCCCCCGAAGGGUGUCACCAUCCCGUACCGACCCAAGCCAUCCAGCUCUCCCGUCAUCUUUGCAGGCGGCCAGGACAGGUACAGCAGCGGCAGUGCGAGCUACCCCCACACCGCCCCAUCCAUGUGCCUCAACUCUGACUUGGAGGGACCACCUCAGGAGGCCUAUACCAUUCAAGGACAGUAUGCCAUUCCACAGCCAGAUCUGACCAAGCUGCACCAGUUGGCAAUGCAACAGUCACACUUUCCAAUGUCUCAUGGCAACACUGGAUUCAGUGGCGUUGACUCCAGCUCUCCAGAGGUGAAAGGCUAUUGGGGUUUGGAUGCCUCUGCCCAAACCACCUCCCAUGAACUCACCAUUCCAAACGAUCUGAUCGGCUGCAUCAUCGGGCGUCAGGGCGCCAAGAUCAACGAGAUCCGCCAGAUGUCCGGGGCUCAGAUCAAGAUUGCCAACCCCGUGGAAGGCUCUACUGACAGGCAGGUGACCAUAACUGGAUCUGCAGCGAGCAUCAGCCUGGCCCAGUAUCUAAUCAAUGUCAGGUGAGUCCCCGAGCCCCCCGCGUGCCCCGCAUGGGGGGAAGGCGUUCCUCUCCUCUGUCCCUGUCCCCUCCCGUGCCUGCCGUCCCCU